UCUUAGUUGGUUGAAAAAUAUGACUGAAAGUGAAUUAGAUUUCAUCCGGAUGUAGAAUAGACAGUCUAGUGUUUGUCAAAUAGCAGGACUAAAUGGUAGUGCGGCAUAUACUUGAGGGACUAAAUGUGUAAUUUUCUCCCAAAAAGGCAGAAGCCACUAACCUAGCCCAGUUAUCCACUCCACUCCACUCCACGGGAGGUGAAGAUAAGAACAGGAUAAUGAACUUGUAGUCUUGUUCUUGUACGAUGAGCGGCGGCGACACCACCUCCUCGGCCUCGGCGGACGCCUCCGCCAUAUGCGCCCAGAUCGCCUCCGUCUUCUCCACGCCCUCCGCGCACCCCGCGGCGCGCACUGUGCUCGUCUCCGAGCUCGCCGCUGCGUCCUCCCGGAGAGGCCGCGUGUUUGUGCACGGCGUCGGGCGCGAGGGCCUCAUGAUGCGUGCCCUCUGCAUGCGCCUGGCGCACCUCGGCCUCCCGGCGCACUGCGUCGGCGACGUCACAGCGCCGCCCGCCUUAUCUGGGGACCUCCUCGUCGCCUCCGCCGGACCGGGCGCGUUCUCUACCGUCGACGCCAUCUGCGGCGUGGCGCGAGGCGCCGGUGCGCGCGUCGUGCUGCUCACCGCCAGGCCGGCGGGGGAUUUCCCCGGGCGCCAGGCCGACGUGGUGGCCCACCUACCAGCGCAGACCAUGGCUGAUGACGAGGAUGGCCCGGCGGCGCAGGCGAAGCUGCCGAUGGGGAGCCUGUACGAAGGGGCCAUGUUUGUGCUCUUCGAGAUGGUGGUGUUGGAACUCGCGGGUGUUUUGGGCCAAAGCCCGGCCCAGAUGAGGGCCCGACACACAAACUUGGAGUAGCCCGAUGUUUCAGCUUUUGUGGCAAAUGAUAUCGUUCUUGGCCGAAACCAUUAAUCCUAUUUUUUUAGGUUGCGACAUGUGUGACAUCUAUCGCAAUCUAAAUUUCUUUUUUAUAUCCAUCUUUGAAAUAUUUUAUUAGUGUGUUCAAAUCUUGAACUACUUUUAUAAUUGGAUUUCUCGUGUUGAGAUUUUUAAA